AUGUCGACUUUUGGCGAGUAUUUCCGGGUCACCACCUAUGGUGAAUCCCACUGCCGCUCCGUCGGCUGCAUCGUCGAUGGCUGCCCCCCAGGCAUGGCGCUCACCGAAGCCGACAUCCAGCCGCAGAUGACCCGUCGCCGCCCAGGCCAAUCAGCCAUCACAACCCCCCGCAACGAGAAGGACCGCGUACAGAUCCAGUCCGGCACCGAGUUUGGUGUGACCCUCGGCACCCCGAUCGGCAUGCUGGUCAUGAACGAGGACCAGAGGCCCAAGGACUACGGCAAUUCCACCAUGGACCUGUACCCGCGUCCCUCCCACGCCGACUGGACCUACCUCGAGAAGUACGGCGUCAAGGCCUCCUCUGGCGGCGGCCGGAGUAGCGCCCGCGAGACCAUUGGCCGUGUGGCCGCUGGUGCCAUCGCAGAAAAGUACCUGCGCCUCGCCUACGGCGUCGAGAUCGUCGCCUUCACCACGAGUGUCGGCGCCGAACACCUUUUCCCCCCCUCGGCCGAGCACCCCUCGCCCAGCACGAACCCCGAGUACCUCAAGCUGCUGCAAACUAUCGACCGCAAGACGGUUGACGCCCACCUUCCCGUGCGGUGUCCCGACGAGGAGGCCUCGCGCAGGAUGGAGGAGUACAUUGCGGGCUUCCGCGACCGAGCCGACAGCAUUGGCGGGACCGUGACGUGCGUCAUCAAGAACGCACCCACGGGGCUAGGCGAGCCCUGCUUCGACAAGCUCGAGGCCCUGCUCGCACACGCCAUGCUGUCCAUCCCAGCAACGAAAGGCUUCGAGAUCGGCUCCGGCUUCGGCGGCUGCGAGAUCCCGGGCUCGAUACACAACGACCCUUUUAUCGCCGCUGAGACGGCCCAGAGGCUAGAGGAAGAAGAACACAAGACGGGCGCCGACAGGGCCGGCAUACCCAGGCCGAAGCUGACGACCAAGACCAACUUCAGCGGCGGCAUACAGGGCGGCAUCACCAACGGCGCCCCCAUCUACUUCAGGGUGGGCUUCAAGCCCGCCGCCACCAUUGGCCAGGAGCAGACCACCGCCACCUACGACGGCUCGAGCUCAGGGAUCCUGGCCGCCAAGGGCCGCCACGACCCGUGCGUGGUGCCGCGCGCCGUGCCCAUCGUUGAGUCCAUGGCCGCACUGGUGCUCAUGGACACCGUCCUCGCCCAGCAGGCCAGGAGCACCGCGAGAAGUCUGCUUCCGUCGUUGCAGUCACAAGCUGCCGGAAACGGGCAGGCGGCGUAG